AUAACAUUUGGACAUCUGUCAUCUGUGGUCUGUGAGUUUUAUUUUCUAAACAUUUCUGUAUUUCUCAUCUGAUUAUUCAUCAAAUUAAUUGAUUCUUUGUUAGUUGUUUUAAAUAUUUCUAAAUAGAUAAAUUAAACAACCAAUAAUAGUUAUCAGGUAAUCAAAAUGGGGGCCGUCCUGGGUCUUUGUUCAGCAGCACAACUUGCCUGUUGCUGUAGUAGCGCAGCAUGUUCUCUAUGCUGUUCAGCAUGUCCAUCAUGCAGGAAUUCUACAUCUUCUCGUAUAAUGUAUGCAUUGAUGCUGUUGGUUGCUACUGUGGCGGCUUGUAUUACUCUGUCUCCAGGACUGGAAAGCGCUUUACAAAAGGUACCGUUUUGCAAAAACAGUUCGGCUCUGGUUCCUGACUCGGUUGUUUUUGAUUGUAAACAAGCUGUGGGAUAUUUAGCUGUAUAUAGAAUUUGCUUUAUUUUAACAUGUUUCUUUGCUUUGAUGUCUCUUAUGAUGAUCGGUGUAAAAACUUCCAAAGAUGCAAGAGCAGGGAUUCAAAACGGGUUCUGGGGGAUAAAGUAUUUGUUAGUAAUCGGAGGCAUUAUAGGCGCUUUCUUUAUCCCCGAGGGCUCAUUUGGAUCAGUUUGGAUGGUGUUCGGCAUGAUAGGUGGUUUCUUGUUUAUACUGAUCCAGUUGAUUCUAAUUAUAGACUUCGCCCAUUCAUGGGCUGAAGCUUGGGUUGGUAAUUUUGAAGAAACUGGAUCAAAAGGAUGGUAUGUCGCACUGAUUGGGAUGACGAUGCUUAACUAUAUCUUGAGUAUUACUGGAAUAGUAUUACUAUAUGUAUUUUACACUAAGGCUAACGAUUGCGGAUUAAAUAAAUUCUUCAUUUCAAUCAACCUGAUCAUUUGUCUAAUCGUAAGUGUGCUGUCUAUUUUGCCUGCUGUUCAAGAUAAGUUGCCUCGAUCUGGACUGCUGCAAUCAUCUGUAGUGACUGUAUACGUUGUCUAUCUUACUUGGUCAGCUGUAUCAAAUUCAAGCAAAGAAUGUAAUCCUGGUAUGUGGGGUAUAUUUGGAGGGAAAUCUAAUAAUAAAACAAGCAGCGACUUUGAUAUAAUUGGUUUACUCAUCUGGAUGUGCUGCGUGCUUUACUCUUCUCUACGCUCUGCAAGCAAAUCAUCAAAAAUUACUAUGUCUGAGAGUAUGCUAGCCAAGGAUACAGGAGCAGUAAAAGACUAUGGAUCAGACAAUUUAGUUGACAACGAAGAACCCUAUGCUCCUAUCGCAGGUAACGAUGGUGGUGAGGGCGGAGACAAGAAGGUGUGGGACAAUGAGGAGGAAACUGUGGCUUACAGUUGGAGUUUCUUCCACGUCAUGUUUGCUUUGGCCACUCUGUACGUUAUGAUGACUUUGACCAACUGGUAUAAUCCAAACUCCAAUCUGGAUAAACUUCACUACAAUCCUGCCUCCAUGUGGGUGAAAACAAUUUCCAGCUGGCUCUGUCUAGGAUUGUAUGGUUGGACCUUAGUAGCUCCAGUAAUUUUACAUGAUCGAGAAUUUAACUAAAUACGUCUCAUUAAUGGCAUCUUUUAUUAUCUAGCCUAAGGGGCCUACACCCUUCUUAUCUAUGAAAUAUGUAUGUUUUUAUAAAGCUUUAACUGUAUUACAAGUUUAAAUAUGCAAGAUGCAAAUUAUAUAAACAUAAAUUUUACAGAGGUAACUGAUAAUAGACCAAAUUAAAUUUUUCUCCGCUUAUAUUCAUCAGAAGUGUGGCAUUGUCGUCAGAAAAUAUUACGAUAUCUGACAAAAAUAAUAUACUAUAAUCUUACUUAACUAAUCGUUUAUUGUUUUAAUGUUGUUGAAUAAAUCAUAAGGAAAAAAUCCACAAGAAAAUUAA